AUGUUUUGUCGUUCUGUCAUCGGAUUGGACAAUUGUUCUCGGGGGCCGACUGGAAUUCCAGGAGGUAAAGGGCCAAAGGGAAGCAUGGGAGACCAGGAUAGAAAUCCCCCCAAAGGUGAAAAGGGAGAGGUAGGAUUACCUGGUCUCAAAGGUCCUAAAGGCUCCAUCACAACUUUACCAGGAAACAAACCAGACGAGAUUCUGAAGGGAGAAAAGGAGUAUUGGGGGGACCCAGGUGAGGGAGGAAGACCUGGAAGACCCGGAUUUAAUGGAAUGAGUGGUGAUCUUGGCAAGAGAGGUAAGGACGGCCCACCAGGACCCUAUUGUUUGAAAGGAGAACAGGGAGAAAAGGGGAGACAAGGAUAUGAUGGAUUACCAGGAGAAACAGGCAGAACUGGAGACCCUGGUUUUCAGGGGAUGAGGGGUGACCUUGGAGAUCUGGGUCCAGAAGGAGAUCCAGAUGGUGGGGGUCAAGGUUGUCCUGGACCCAGAGGUCAACCUGGUGACCCUGGCCCACAAGGUCUUCCAGGAUUCCCAGGAAAUGACGCUCCAGAUGGUCAAAUGGGACAUGAUGGUCCCCCUGGCCUAACGGGGCCUGAUGAGAUACCUGGGAGGAGAGGACCUGUUGGAUUCUCCUAUCCAGGAGACAAGGGAGACCAAGGUGGCUUUGGUCUUCAUGGAGUGCCUGGAUUGCCUGGAAUACCCUGGUGAACAGGGCCGAAUAGGAAGACCUGGUCUUGAUGGACUUCCUGGUCCUAGGGGAGAACCUGGUCCUGAGGGAUUUCCUGGUAUCC